AUGGCGGCGACGACAUCGCGCGGGGGGCGACGCGCCUCGCGCGCCGCCCUCGCCCUCGUCGUCGUCGCCGUGAGCGCGUUAGAUGGAUGCGCGGGGUAUCCGUAUUACGUCGGUCGGUCCAAGUGCGGUGACGACGCGCACCCGACGCGCGGAGAGGGAGACCACCCGUCGAUCGAUCCGUCGGGAGCGUCGAUGAUUUCAGUGGAGAACUAUUGGUCGAGCUACGACGGCUCGAGCGAGACGCAGGCGUGGGAGCGAUGGGAGAACGCGACGAAGCGGCUCAUGCCGGCGUCGUGGGACGUCGGCGAGGCGUACAAGCCGAGCGGACGGUUCACGCUGCUCGUCGAUUUGACGGAGGUGGUGCGUGAAGAGAGUGGGUGGAUGGUGUUGGUGACGUGCAGCGAUGGGGUGUUCGAGGACAUCGACAUGCACGAGGAGCACAUCGAGGGGAACGGGGGGUCCGCGAGCGCGCUGCGGUGCGACGGGAAGCGGCUGAAUCCGUCGUUGCGGACGAAUAAGCACAAGUUGAUAUGGCGCGCGCCGAGCGGUUCGUCGGACGUGAAGAUCAGGGUGACGGCGGCGGCGCACUCGAACGGGCGAUUUUAUCAGAAAUCCGUCGUACUACGAGCGGACGCGACGCUGCAGACGCCGCUCGAGCGAAACUCCACGCACGAGGAGCCGUCGCACGACGAGGAGACGUUAGUGGGCGAUAGCAAGAAAGUUCCGAGCGUCGAAGCGCAAAACUUGGCGUUCGCGGUUCACGGGGCGAUGAUGUUUGCAGGAAUAUGGAUGCUCAUGCCCGCCGCCGUCGGCUGGUCUCGAUUCGGCCGCCCGGGCCCGAAUGAUAAGCCGUCGGCGACGUGGCUCGCUUGGCACAAGUGGCUCAUGACGGGCGCCGUCGUCGCGGUCGUGAUCGCGGCACUCGUGGCGUACGUCGAGAUUUCAAAGACUGGCGGCGAGCACUACGAUUGUCCACAUAGCCAGCUCGGUUUGUUUCUCGUCGUCGUCGUCGCGUCGCAGCCGCUCGGCGGUGUCCUUCGCCCGGCGACCCCCCCCGCGGGCGGCGUGAAAUCCACCGCCCGACGCACCUGGGAGAUCGCCCACAAGGGUUUGGGUUACAUCAUUCUUCUCCUCGGAUGCGUCGCCGUCCUCACCGGGAUCGACGAACUCGCCGAGCGCGGCGGCGACGACGCCGCGUUUUUCCACGCGUCGCUCUUCGUCGUCUACGCAUCCCUCGCCGUCGCCGUCUUCGUCCACCUCACGCGCCAUCACCGCGCGCGCACCAAUCACACCGCUCGCACCGCCUUCAUCGAGCUCUCAUCCGUGGAUCACGACGACGACGUCGAGUCGGACGCCGCGCCGCUCCGCGCCGUCCACAAACAUCCCAUCCCAUCCUAG